UCAUCUUUUCUUUUCCCUUUACAUAAUAAUAAAAAAAUGCUUUCAGUUACAGAGAUUAUCCCUUCGGAUAAUAUUCAUGCGGAAGAAACGCGAGCCAAUUUAAAACGGUUAAAGGAACUAACAGAGGGGUUAGAAGGAUGGGAAGAAACGGAUGAUCAAAGUGGUGUCAAAUUAUAUCAUCAGCCAGACGCGAGUAUUCCUCUUGUACGUGGAGAUACACUUCUCUUAACAAAGGAUCUUCCCCCUGGUUGUACUCCUUUGGCUGUAGCUACCGUUGCCACGUUACCUGGCUGUCGUCGCAUCUGGGAUGAAAAGUUUGAUGAAUCCAAGGUGUUAGAAUAUUAUUCUCGAUAUGAAUCAUUGUUCUGGGUAAAAUUAAAGGCUCCAUGGCCAAUCAGCCCUCGUGAUUUUGCUGGUACGUCUAUUCGAGACGUAGGCGAGAAUACGGUGUAUUGCUCCAUGGUAUCUGUGGAGGAUGAGACAAUUCCGGAUACAUCGGGAGCGGUGCGUGGACAAUUGCUCGUGUCAGGAUGGAAGUUAUCCCAAUUAGCAGGAGGGAUCGGAAUAACGUAUGUCAAUCAGGUAGAUUUAGCCGGUUAUAUCCCGGGUGCUUUUCUCAAGAAAUUGUUGCUUCAAAUUCCAUUGUGUGCAGGUAAAGUCCGUGAUUACAUCAUGACGCAUGGAUUUGUACCUACGACGACGGUCAUUCAAAAUAAUACACCGGUAGAAUUUAAAGGAGAAGAGUUUCAUCAUGAGGAGAAGAAAUACACGCUCCAAUUAUCAAGUCAGGAUGCUUCUACUCAUACGGUAUGCUCUCAACGCAUGUAUCCUGAUGGUAUCCAAGUGGAAUUAAAGGGAGAGGCAGAGAUCACACAAUCCGUGGAUACGCAUGGGAACGCUCUCGUGCAUCUCUCUCAUAUCAAAGGUCUUAUUCAAUUAUGCAUUACAAAGAAAUAAAAAGACUUUUUUUUAUUAUGAU